UUCGAGCCGUACAGCCUGAUCGACACGGACGAAACCGCCGUCAACGCCGUCCGCCUCUACUGCAGCACGCUCGACCACAUCCUCACGGGAUACAUCCAGUCUGUCGAGGGAAAGCACAUGGGACUGCUCGGUAAUGUCUAAGGGAUAUUUGU